AUGGCGCCUGCGACGAUCAAGCCGGGUGCGCCUGCCUCGCAGUCUUCGCCCCAACCCACCAUUCUUGCUAAUGCAGCUGUGCCCCUGCUAGACAAGAACUUUGACGACAUCUUCCACAUAAAGUUCAUGAAGAUUAUCCAGGAAUGGAAGGAUGAUCCUGCCCGUGGUCAACUCACCCAGAAAGAUCGAAAGACAUUCAUUGAGACGGCCUUCUCCGAGACUGAUGAGCUCUACUGGGGCCAGCGCAUGAUGACUGAUUACGAACUCAAGCUCCGCGCCCUGACCAAAGUCUUCUACAAGGUCUUGGCCGAGGAACCCUGGUCCGAGGAUUGGAUUCGCGCCCCGGAUGUUGAACGAAAGCUGUCCAAGUUUGAGAUGCACGAGGACUCUGUAGCCCUGGCUAAGCAACAUGGCUUCACCACACCACGUGAGGCGGUCAAGGCGGCGCGCGAGAGGGGUAUCAAGAACGCCGAAAUCUGGAAGGAGGGGGAGAAGAACGGCAAGACGCUCAAGGACUUGAAGCUCGACCGUGGUCCGUUCGACGACAUUGAGAUUGUCUACAUUGCCGGUACAGUCUCAUCAUCCGCUACUAGCAGGAUCGACCGUAGCAACAUAUAUCCUGUCUCUGUUUCCUCGGUCGCAAACGUGCUCCAGAAUCACAUCUGUAGAGACAUGGUGCGGCCCUACAUGAUGGCUGAACGCUUCAUCAACUGCACCGACACCCGAGAGCUGGAGGAUAUGAGACGUUUCGCAUGUAAUGUAUGCGAUUUUUGUCCCCAUCUCCUCGAUAAUGAUAACGUCAGCCUGCUCGUUGUCUUGCUCAUUCUCUCCCGUUCCGACUGCUGUCGCCGCUUCGAGGCAAACGGUAUUCGUAUCGAGGGAUCCACCAUCAGCCACCGCAAGGCAGAGUGCAUGAAGAACAAGAUGGGCUGGAAGGACUCCCAAGACAAGAAGCCCUACGAUACCUUCGCCCAGGAGUUUCAGACUCGCGUAAAGAACGCAUGCUUUCCAGCACCGAGGGCCCAGCGCAUUGGGGGUAGGAAGCCCCAUCCGCCAGCACUAGGAGGAGCACGCCACUCUAUUACUAUGGGUUUCCCCAUCUACGGUCACGGUCAGCCUCAGCCCCAUAUGGGAUUCGUCGCCCCUCCCCAGAUCCGCAACGGCGCUCCCAACAACAGUUCGAACAAUGUCCACCAAGCUCACCGCCAUUCAACUGGUGGUGCGGGCAGCAGUGUCAUUAACGUUCAAGGUCCCCGUCCUUCGACUAGUGGCGCGGGCAGCAGCGCUGAAGACCCCAUGGACCUUUCCUAG